GGAAGUCGUUGGAAGUUACGAUGAGAACGGUGCAACUUUUAAAAUACACAUUUAUUAUAGGUGAACCCAGACGAACCUGCAGAGCAAACUUGAAUUAGCAAUUUAAAAACUACUACAUGGAAAAGUCCACUCAUUUCAUGGACCAAAAUGCCGGCGACCACAACUCGUAGGGCCACAGCCCAUGAGAAAAUAUGAUACUUCACCAGAAAAGGAAAUAAUGGAUUCUAGUGAGGAUGUAGAUGCGCAGGAGGAGAGGAGCAGCACAACUAAUGAUGCUCCUCCAUCUGCAGUUCAGACAACUGCCAUAAAGCCCACAGCAGCAGGGGCAACAGAGGGUGUCUGUCAGCACAUCCUUUCCACGUCCAGGAUCCAGAUGGAGAUGUUGCCUCUUCGCGACUACAUUAUGGAUCUCAGUGAGGAGGAAUGGAACUCAUUUGCUGAUGCUAUGAGCAACCCUCUGACAAAGCUGCAGUUUCUCACAGUGUGCUUGGAUGUAGCAAAAUAUGUUACCCUGAGUGCACUGACAAUCAUCAUCCCAAGCCUGGCCAGAAGGCUAGGAGAGGACCCGAACUUGUUGACCCCAUCAGAGGAGAGCCAUGGCCAUGUCAACAUCAUUGGAACCAGUUCAAAAAGCCCAUCAGUUAUCUACGUUGAGGAUGAUGAGGAUAUCAUUGAACUUAAUAAGGGGGUCCUGACCAAAUUCAUCUCUAAAGCAGGUAGCAGGUCAUCUCUGAGAUCCUGUGAUGAGUCUCCCCUGAGCUCACACAGUUCUUCUGAAAAGAGGUAAGUUGUACCACUGCCAUUGGCCUGGCAGAAUGACAGGAUGAUAACUUUUGAUGUACAGUAGGUAUAAUCAUAGAGUAUCAUAAGCCUGAUUCUGAUGUUGCAUAAUAUUGGUAUAUUGAAUGUUACGCCCACAACGCACUCAUUAUUAAUUAAGAAAUAUAAAUAGGCUACAUAACACUUUUGAAUCAUGCACCUGGCAUCUAAUAAUUUAUUAUAGUGUCAAACCACCAAAAAUGUUAUGUCAAAUAUCAAUUAUAGUUAGGCUACAUAUAAUGCAAGCACAAAGAUUGUUGCUAGGGGUCUUGCUAAGGUAGACAUGGUUGUUACAAUGCUAUAUAAAGCAGUUGCUAUUUAUUUAUUUUUUAUUGAUUUGUUUAUUUAAAAGGGACAAUGCACAUCAAUUAACAUUCUUUGUUUACACUUAAAAUGUAAAUGUGCCAGAGUUAGCAGAAGAGCUAGUUUUCAUCUGUAGUCCCUUGGCAGGUCUAUGCAACUAUGCUAGUUGCUAUGGUGAUUACUAGGUUGACAAUAUAGUUGUGGUUGCUAGGGUGUUACUAGGUAAUUGAGAUGCAUUCUAGGGUGUUGCUAAGGUAAAAAGUUACUAUGCUAUAUUAAGUGGUUGCCAUGCU